GUUAUUUCAAUACAAGGCUACAAAUCAGAAGAGGGGGAAGGAGUUGAAGAAAUUAAAAUUUAACCGCCAUAAAGGAAAACUGCAUUGCCAAUCCAGUGGAAUUACUAUGUGAAGUAAAAUGACUAAGAGAAAUUUCGCCGUAGUUUUGUAUGUUUUAAGUCUUGUUUCGUAUGGUCUAGAAGUGGUGAAAUCAGAAGAUUCUUUUGGUCAGUUCACAAGGAAGCCUCCAGAUGUAUUGAAAGUAGAGAUUGGUAGAGAAGCAACCUUUAUCUGGCAGUACUCGCCACCAUCUGGGACAACACUGACCCUAGAAAGAUGGUGCAAAGUAGAUAGCGUCCGUCAGCAAUGUACUAACAAUAUACUAAUGACAAAGGGUGCUACAAAUGCAGCCCCAGUUGUUGCUUCCUCUAAUACUGAGUAUGGUUCAAGAACAACUGGUAUAGCACCAUCCACAAUGAAAAUACGUGACAUUAAGUUGUCAGAUGAUGGAGUUUUUGAAUUUUCUGUGUCCUUCCUAAAUGGUUUGACAUGGUAUGAUAGAGUUCGACUAAUGGUAUUAGUCAAACCUGUGAUCACAUUGAAGACCAAUGGAAACAGAGUCGUGAAGGAAGGUGAAAAACUGAAGUUUGAAUGUGGCGUUGGACAAGGCAACCCAAAACCGUUCACUAUUGAAUGGUGGCAUAACAACAUAAAACUUACCUCAACCCAGAGCAACUUCGAGGCACCUCUGAUUUUUAACAGCACACUUCGAAAAGAUAAAGGGCUUUACAAAUGUUAUGCAAAGAAUGAUGCUGGUUUUGAUAGCUACGAAAUAAGUCUUGAUGUUGUGUACCCCCCGGAAAAUGUUUACAUAAUACCUUCUUCAAACGGAGUCGUAAGAGUUCGUGAAGGAGGCAACGUUACUCUCAAUUGUCAUGCGGACGGGACACCAAAACCAACAUUCACCUGGACGCGAAUACGGCAGUUUUAUCGGGAAAAGCUGAGAGAGAAAUCAGAAAUAUCGACGUUGUCUUUUGAACGUGUUGACAAGGAUCGUGCCGACAAGUAUGAAUGCGAGGCAGUCAAUAUUCACGGGAGGACGCCGGCCAGUGUAAUCUUGGAUGUUCAAUAUCGCCCAGAGAGAAUGAACUUCAGCAUCAACAACCACAAUACUUCUAUAGUACAUGCAAUGGUUGGGUCACGUGUGAACAUGACGUGCAUUGCUUUGAGUAACCCAGGCGCCCAGUUCAGCAUUGGUUUUCAAGGAUCGCCUACACCCAAAGUAAUGACACAGUUUUACUUGAUUGAGUCCGCCAGCAUAACAGAUAGUGGCAUUUACGAGUGUGUCGCUACAAAUGGAAUCGGAGAACCGGUUCGGAAAUUAGCUCAGCUUGUUGUUGUUGUUGCGCCAUCAGCAAUAAAUAUAAUCGGAAGCCCACAAAACCGACUCCUAAAUGCAGGCACAGAUUUGACGCUUAGUUGUGAGAUGAAAGGCAUUCCCCGGCCACAUAUCUACUGGACACUAAACAGAGCCCUUGUCCAGUACGAUCAUAUACGUCGCCAAGUAAAUGGAACGAAACUUAAUAUUGCUGGCGAAGAAAUUCACUAUUCGAGAAUUGAAUUCAAGCCCCUUAGAAGAUUUGAUGAUGGUGAAUACACUUGCUUUGGGCAGAAUUUCGGUGGGGUGGUGGAGCGAAAGUACAUCCUGGAGGUCAACUAUGCACCGUACAUUGUCAUAUUUCCCAAGAACGUAUCAGUAUUAGAGUUCCAGCCUGCAGAGUUGUCCUGCCAAGCUAUUGGGAAGCCACCACUGUCAGCCUACCUCUGGAAGCAGAAUGGUAUUGUCAAGACAACUGAAGCUACCGAACGGAUAUACUUUAUGCAAGCAAGUCGCACUGACGCCGGACGGUAUUCAUGCGCCGGUAUAAACUCUGUUGGUGCGGGACCAGAAGCGGUUGCAUUUCUUACUGUAAUGUAUAAACCAGAAAUUACGAUAACUCCACCUCUUACCCAAACCGUGAACGCGUCUGUCAACAUCAGAUUUCAAUGCAAUGCCACGGGUGUACCGAAGCCGAGGAUUCUUUGGACGAAAGAUGGCAUAUCAGAUUCGACAAUUCUUCACGAAGGCGAGAUCUUAAUGCUUCGUAAUGUAGGCUACAAGGAGAAGGGGACAUAUUACUGCACUGCCUCAAAUAAGAUUGGGAAUACGACUGUCAAGUCAAUUUUGAUCAUUAAUCAUGCACCCGUUAUAACAACUAAGGACCCUUCAGCCACCAGGGUGGGAGCAGAUGUUGGCGUUGGCGCCCCAGACGUGUCCUUAGUAUGCAGUGUCGACGCUUACCCCCCUGCCAUGAUCACGUGGGAGAGGAGAGGAGCCCGCAUCGAAAGCACAGACAAGUAUACUGUCAAAGUGAGCGGGGGUACAAGCACAUUGGAAGUAAAAAUGUCGUCUGAGGCACAGCUCGGCAGGUACCAAUGCAAUGCUGUUAACAAACUAGGACGGGUGUCCCAAGACUAUGAAAUCCGUGUCAAAAGUGUCCCGGAUCCCCCUGUAUAUGGCAGCCUGAUGGCCACAGAUGCUUUGGAGGAAACAGACCCCCCGACAUCCAAUGUUAGGCUUACGUGGACUCCAGGCUUUAACGGGGGCUUUGCCGUCACCUUUCAGUUAUAUUACAGGGUUCAAGGGGAGAGCUCGUUUCAACAGAUAAACAUCGGAUCAAGUCCUAACAACGUCUUCUAUUUAAGAGGGCUGAAAACAGAGACUGCGUACGAGUUUACGAUAAAAGCAAUCAACGAGAAAGGCCCGAGUAGCGAGUACAGGCCAUAUCUAACUUACAAAACAAAGGUUGCUCCGGCAAAGAGAGGCUCAGCGUCUGUAAGGCGUUACGGCACAUCAGGAACACAGGCUGAAGUGAGUUGGACGAUUAACGAUUAUUCGCAAGCAAAAAGCAUCAUUGUACGAUACAAGCGGGUUAUUGACAGCGGCUGGCGGACAAAAACUACCGACAACAUAAAUGGUACAUUGAUCAUAUCGUCGUUAGAUGGCGAGCAAAGCUACGAAUUUCAAGUUUUCAUUGUUUACAAAGAUGGAUCUAGGGGCAUGCCAGUCAGUGCAGGGCAGAUCUCGCCUGCUGGUGUGACGUCAGGUGGGAGAACGGGACUGAAGAAACAAGAUAUCAUUGCAAUUGUCAUCGGAGUUGGAGGCUUCCUCUUGAUUCUGAUUGUCGUUUGCACUCUCGUCCUGUUGAAAAACAAGAAAAAACGGGGUCUGGAUGGACACUUUGAGAUGAAAACUAACAGCACAGGACGCGGUAAAGGUGGGAAUAUCGGCUAUGCAACUGGCGGCUCUGAUGUUGUGAGGGCCGCGGGGCUUCAUGAUUACAGCAAUGAUUUUGAUGAUGACCCAGGUGCUGACGAGCCGCUGACGCAGAAGGGAGCACGCAAAGACUCACCGCCUUCAUAUGACGGCCACUUUAGCCUAUACGAUGGCACAGAUGUACAAAAUGACUCUUUCAAUAAGCCAGCAGCUAGCAACACACCGGCAUACACUUCAUUCAGUGCAGUUGCUAAUGCUAAGAAGCCCCUCUUGCCUGAUUUAGAGCCUGGUGCCAAAUCUGGCUCUCGAACCUCGUUAACGAAAGGUCGUGGACCCGAAAUAUCAAGGAAAACAAAAAAUCCGUUCGAGAGUUUAGAUUAUAGAGGAGAGAGACGGCCUGCUAAUUCAUUCGAAGAUGACGGAUUGGAUAGAGAGCGUUUGCCGUAUCGCAGCGGUCAGGACAGGGACAGGGGUUACUACAAUACGGAGCCGAAAUCAAAGACCAACCGCGGUAGCAGCUCAGGAGGUCUUUCUACAGAUGACGAUCUUCCUUCUCCACCACCCUUCAUUAGAGAAGCUCUGACAAAUGUCAACUCUGAUAGCGAAAGAGUACCUGGCUCCUUGGGUGAAAGGCUUGGUAAAAACAGGAACUCACGUCCGUCACCACAGCACUCGCCGGCCUCGCAGCGGUCUGGAGUUUCUUCCAGCCAGUACAGAAGCGAUACGGAGUACAUUGAAGACGACGGGGAGGACAACUAUGUCGGGUACCUAGUUUAAAUGGCAGCCAUUAAAGCGAACUCAUUGCAUUUUAAAUUCAUCAUAUGCUUGAAAAGCAGCUGAUCACUGUACCCCUUUGUAGAUGCGGGCAGUUUUAUUUUUACGCGUUGCUGUUGAUAGUUUCAUGGACAUUCAUAUUCAGGUCACACGUCAACACGAGGCUACAUCGGUACGAGUACGGUGUCAUUAGAAAACUGACUAUUACCGACUAUGUUUUCAGUUGGCAAAAACCAACUGAAACCUUUUCAUGACAGCAAAAAUUGCAAAAAAUAGAACGUUAAAGCACUUCGCAAAAUAUUUCACAACUUUCGCUAAAUUUUAGCCAGCGUUAUUAGAUAGAUAAUUCGCUUAAUUCAGUUUUAGAAAUUGUGUAUCGUCUUUAAUUCUUUAGUUUCGCUAGCAGUUUUAAUUUCAUAGUAAAGUCACGUGAUUUUGUUUAUUGAAUGGCUUUUAAAACUUGUUCCAUUAUUAAUAGUGGCCUAGCUUACAAGCGCUCGACUUGCUGUUUAUAGCGAUCGCUUAAACUGUUAAUGAAUGGAUCGAUUUUUAAGCCCGACGUUGUUUUGUAUAAUUCUUUCAUUUUCAUAUGGCAAUCCUUUAUCAGAGGAACUUAAGAAGAAUAAAAGAAGCUGCAGGCUGUCUAUCUUUCUAUAGGCACCUUGUAUUCAAGAAAAAAUUUUAGACCGAAAAAUUAGGUUCUUGAAUGAGAGGCAUCUUCAUAUAAUUUUUAAUUUGGACCAAGGAUUAUCUUCCGUGUUCUGGCAUUUUUGAGCUACAAACACUUCAAAACAUUAAUAAGUUUUACGCCUCAGAGAAAAUAUUGAAUUGAAAUAUUCUAAUAUAAGAUUCUGGCUAGUAUCUCCCCACAUGCAAGGAAUAUAAAAAGACGUUCCCGCAUUCGAUAUCGAACGUUUGGGGAUGCGCUGUUGGGGUCGCAUCAUACUAAACCGCGGCAUUUUAUGAUGGCAUUGUGUGGUAGGGUGGCCAGGUCCUUUCCGCGCCCCUUUUACUUUCCUAGUAUGUUUGUACAGGGUACUCAUUUUCGGCUUACUGAACUGAGGGCCGCCCGCGAGCCAGGAUCGAACCCGGAGCACUAGCAUGGCAGUCGAGCGCCUUAACCGCUCGGCUACCGCGGCACCGCUAGGAAUAUACCCCUUGAAAUAAGAGCCUAUGGCCCUGCAAUUCUUAUAUCCACCUUUAAAAUAAGAAAAAAAGAAAACUCUAUUUUAUAAACUUUCUCCUUAUUAAAUUUUGAGGUCCGAUUUACUCCUUUGGGGGUCAUCCAAGUCCCACAGUGGCUGUCUCUUAUUCGUUUAUCUAACAAAUAAAGCACCAGAAGUCCGUGCAGCAAAGCCCCAAGGACCGGAUACAGCCCCAUAAGAAGGAUAUGUUCCUCUUGAGAAUCCUAGAUAUCUAACAACUACGGUUCGCUUGGGAUGUAUGAGUUUGUGGAGCGGCAAUCCAUGGGUUUGUGGAGCGGCAUUCGAAGACCGUUUAUCAAAGUAGUUUUGUUUAUACUUUUACCUGAAAAUGUACUUAAUGCAAAGAAUAUUUGUUUCCAUCGUCUAUCGGUUAAGAAAAGCGUCAACUUUUAAUUGUAUGAACUUUGCACUUGUUUUAUAGUCAAUCAUAACAUUUUGCUGGGACCGGCCAGUGGCUGUAUCAAUUGACGCUUUCGUUAAGGAAAGUUUUGGGCAUUUAGCGACAAUAUUCCUAUUUUGUUAGUGAGCUUGCCUUCGUGAUAGGUGAAGCACAUAAUGACAUUUAAAUAGUUUAAAGCAAAAUUUUAGCGAUAGAUUUUAAUUGGGUUGCUUGUUGGUUUUACAGUUGUGAGAGAGGGCGGUUAAUUUGAAAUCAUUCAUUUCAAUGCGGUACGCCCCUGUAGCAAUGGCAAUUGGAAGCGAAAAUCGACCAGACACAAAGUUGAAUUUUGUUAGAUAUUUUGCAGACAAUUGCCUCCCUGACUUGAGCCUCGUGCUAAAAAAAGACACACGUCUAGUGUAGGAUUUUAACGUGACUUUUUCCGCUACUUUUUCAUAACUGGCUCCUCCGCUCAUCUGUCAUUAACUAGCAGCUCUUUCAUCCCCGUAUUAGCAGCCACUACACAGAAGGACAAAUUGACGAUGGCUUGGUUGGGGCCUAAUGCCUUCAACAUAUUCUGCAGUUAACGUAAUUUUUAGAAAUUUGGUUCUUUAUAGUUUUUUUUUUCAGUUAAUUUUCGUUCGUAGGAUUGAUUUCGUGAAUCGAUAAUAGUAGUUUGUACGUUUUCGAUUUAUUGUAUGAUACUUAUUUAUGAACUUUUCUCAUAUAGAUGAUCUUGGUUUCC